AUGAGACGUAUACUAUUUGUAUGGAAACAUCGUUUUGCGAUGGGAAAACCCAGUAACUCAUCGGAUCGUCAGGGCACCCAACAGGAACAUCAGGCAAAACUUCGAAGCUGGUAUCGAACGGACUUCGCGCAUAGUAUUUUAUCGUUCCAGGCGGACAGGUGAGC